AUGUCGGACAGAAAACGCAGUCCUAACUGGCAAAUGUCGGAAAAGAUGUUGCUUGUGGAUUUAGUGGCUGAACAUUUCAGUGUAGUAGAAAAUAAGCGUACCGAUGAUGUUACUAUGAAACAGAAAAAUGCGGAGUGGGUAAAAAUAUCGGAAGAAUUUAAUUCCCAAACCAUUUUUGGAUAUAGGACUGCAGAAAACGUAAAAGCACAGUGGGAAAGUCUGAAAAAACUACCAAAAAAAGAAUCGUCUGCUGAAAGGCAAAGCUUGAUUCAAACAGGUGGCGGACCUGCAAAGCCUAAGCUUGAGGACAACCCGCUAUACAGAAAAAUCUUUGCUUUGAUAUCUACGACGGUAGUUGGACUGGUAAAUGAAUAUGACAGUGAUAACAUGAGUAAUAAUCAUUUUAUCAAUGAAGAGAUUCCUAGCAACACAUUGGCUUCCACUAAAGUUCCAGAUGUAACAGACAUAUUUGUUGCUGCUCCUAUAUAUUCCAUGUCCAUGCCUCUGUCAAUGGAUAUAGAUACAAGCGGACAAAAUGAUGAUAAAUCACAAGGAGAAACAGCUGAUUGGGGAGACUACACUCCAAAACUGCUGCAAACUCCAAAAUCUGCACCUCUACGGGCAGUGAGUAAGAGAGAAGAGGAUGUAGGGACUUCUCCUACUCAAAUGGCAAACCGACGGACACUAAAGCUGUUCCGGAACAUCAAUGUCCCGUUGAGUAUCAAGGGAAUAAAAGAAGUGUACAAUCAAGCAGAGGACAGAAAAGGUCAGACGGAACGUGCGACACUAUCUCCUUUACCGUCUGAAAACAACAAGCUUCUAGAUGCAGAAGAUCCGCUAAACCAGGAAGUACAUGACUAUUGUUCAGAUGACAGCGUUAAGGAGCCCAAUUACGUAAAUACCGAUGACUAUUAUUCCGAUUCUGAUCAUAGUGACUUAAAUAGUAAGAAACGCGCAGAGCGAUUUAAAAGAAAUAAGUUUGCUGAAAACAUCGAUCCCAUGAUUUCAGUUGCGACUAAAAAUUCAAGUUCAAGUCAAAUUAGUACGCCCAAUUCUCACCAAAAAAUUGAUUAUUCAAACAAGCCCAAACCAGGUCCUUCAAAAAUAUCGUAUAUACCACCUAGUUCAUCUAGUUCAAGCUCUUCUUCGGACUCUUCUGACAGUUCAUCAUCGUCUAGCGAUUCUUCAGACAUGGAAGAGGAUGCAAAAAGAGUUGAGGAACAAGUUACAGAACCAGAUACAGAAAAAAUACAGAAAUGGAUAGAGACUGGUUCUCUAAUAGAGAACAAUAUUUAG